GCAAUUAAUACAUUGAAGCGAAAAUAAAUAAUUAUUUAAAAAUAAAUCAUCGCAUCCCCUAUUGCCAAUAAAAAGUUAAUCCCCCAAUAUUUAUUUGCCUCUCGCGAACGGCCUUCAAUUUCUUCACCGGAGCUCUCGCGAGCAUAUCCUUUGAAGAAGAAGCGUCCCAGCCCUUAGAAGUGAAUAGAUUGACAAAUUUUCUGUUUCGACACCUGCACAAAUUCAAUUAAAUUUGAGGAAUUAAUUUUACAAAAAAUCCCACAGUGCGAGGACAUGGAUCAAUUUACCGAGAUGAGCACCUCCACCGUUGGAUCCCACAUUACUCCACUUCCUGGAACUUUUCAUGGCGACUUUCAGGAAGCUGAAAGACAACCCUUAAAAGACCCCAACAUUGGAGAGUUCAGUAGCGGACUAACCUCAAAACGUGGCCAUGAUGAAGAAACAAACUUGGGGAACUUCCAUCGACUUCGCAACUGUACAAAAUCCCAUUCCACUCCUGCUGCGCUGAAGUGGUUGGAUGAAAAUUACGAGAUAGCAGAGGCAGUAUGUAUCCCCAGAAGCACUCUGUAUUGCCACUACCUCGAUUACUGCGAGACCAACGACACGCAACCAGUCAAUGCUGCCAGCUUUGGAAAGAUAAUUCGGCAACAGUUUCCCCAAAUCACAACGCGGCGACUUGGAACAAGAGGGCAGUCAAAGUAUCAUUACUAUGGUAUUGGAGUACGGGAAACGUCAAAACAUUUUGAGAUUAUAUAUUCCUCAAAAGGAGCACAGAGCUUAGGCGAGGGAAAAAAGGAAAACGUAAAACAGAUUGUGGCCUACUCACCUCGAUCAAAACUCGGUACCCUGUUACCAGAUUUUCCAGAUAUCAAAGACAUCAAACUACCAGACACUGUACCUGAAGACAAGGUGGUGACCUUUUUGAUGAUGUAUAGAACACAUUGUCAGAGGAUACUCGAUACUGUCAUCAGAGCUAACUUUGACGAGGUGCAGAGUUUCCUCCUCCACUUCUGGCAAGGCAUGCCGGGACAUAUGAUGGCGGUCCUCGACACGCAGACGAUAGUUCUGUUGGUAGGUGUCUGUGACACCAUGUUAUACAAAGCCAUCGCUAAUGUCCUAAUGCCGACUGUCCUCCAAGCCCUUCCAGAAAGUUUGAUACAAGUUAUCAAGAAAUUUUCAAAACAACUCGACGAAUGGUUAAAAAUAGCACUAGAUUCCUUACCAAACGGAGUCAGGAAAAUGAAGUUUGACCUGGCCCGUCGAUUUGCUCAAGUUCUUCGCCGUCAGACGUCCCUGAAUCACCUGUGUCAGGCGGCCAGGUCCGUGGUCCACAGCCCCGACAUCUCCUCCCAAAUGUUGGAGGAUUGGAUCAGCGUAGAUCUUAACAGUAUCAUCAAACAGACAGUGUACACCAUGGAGAGUUAUAACGAGAAAGUCACAGAAACUAUCGCCAAUCUUUGUUAUGAAUUUGAACAACUGUUGGAAGACCAAGCACCUUUGCAGUCCUAUGUAGAAUGGCUGGAUAACAUGGUAGAUAAAUGUGUCGUCCAGUAUGCCAAGAAAAGACCCGGUUUUUUGCGAAGAACGGCUCGACAAUUCUUACUGAUGUGGUCUUGUUUUGGAACCAGAGUCAUUCGAGACAUGACAUUGCACAGCGCUCCAAGCUUCGGAUCAUUCCACUUACUCCAUCUGAUGUUUGACGACUAUGUGUUGUAUCUUGUGGAAAACCUAUACAGCGAGGAGAGAUCUAGAGACUUCCUGAGACACAUCAGAGGAGAAAUAACAGAUCUGACGGACGAUGAGCCAUUACCCGACUACAGUAUAAUUAAAGAAGCUUUUAUGGCAUCUGAACCCAGAGAGUGUUCCACAGAAACAAACAUGGAAGUUAUGGAAAGCAGUGUAUACAAGAAAAAUAUUGGAAAUGAGAGAGUCACAAUUUCACCAAGAACACGGUUUGAAAGUUCGACUUAUGAAUGCACACAUUCCACUUCUGAAGAUCAGAGAAAACCGUUUUUAAAGCAGGUUAGCCAUUCUCGGAGUUUUAAGGAGUCUGGUAUAUUUUAUGAGACACCAUGUAACCUGCCCAAUGAUCAAAUAUCCAGUCCAAAUUCUAACAAUAACGCAAUACCCUCUGUCAAUUGCUUCAAUCAGGACCAGGGUUAUGAGAUGAACAAUCACAAUUCCCUUUUCAUGGAUUUACCAGGCAACACUUUCCCCGAACACAAUGGAUAUACAACACAUAACAACGAGUUUUCAUUUCAACAUUUCUUUAAAAAUGAUCAAAACGGACGAGGGUCAUUCAAUCAGCCAACUGAAAGAGUCAGUAUUCCACAGGAUGGAAUGUGUAACUAUGGUUACACCACUGGACAUUGCUAUGGUUACCACUCAGCAUAUACUAGUAGAAGGUAUAGGAUGGUGGAUGCCCCAGAAUGAUUUUAGUAACGUGGAUGAAUUA